CGGAUGCUAGACCGACGCUGACCGAGUGGUGCAGGUGUGAAAAAUUAGGUGGCACUCUGGAAUGCGAACAACCCAGACUAUUACUAUUCCAACGCGGUCGUCAAAAAAGAACCCCACCACACGCUACAUCCACCAUCGCCAAAGGCUCUCUACAUUAACGUUUCGAACCGCAAAUCGAGCGAGGUGCCGCCGCGCCGCCGGGUCUUGCUCGCGUCAGAUAUGGCCACCGACCGCGAUGAGCCGGCCCAGGCGCCGGUGGCCGCUGCUCUGUCCUCGGACAGCGACAGCAGCGACGGCGAGGGGGACUCGCCGGCCUCGGGAAACAACUCGCAGGUGGAAUGGCUGGUCACGGGGCGGUCAAGGCGGUCCACCGCCGGCAACCGCAUGAAAUCUAUGAUCGCCCAGGAGGCUGCCGCCGCGGGUCUACGCCGCGGAGCCGACGAGGACUCGGAUCUAGAGCUACUUUUCGCCGAAGCCGAUGACGACGAGGGAUUCACCGACGACGGCGAGCGCGACGACGCGUCCGACGCCCACAUGGACUCGAGUUCCGAGGGCGAAGACGAUGCCGCUGGCGGGGCCGACGACGAGCUCGAGGGUGAGAAGGAACUCGAGCGCGUUGCCCGCGAGAAGCGCGUGGCUGCCCGCAAGCGAAAAGCGCAGGAGGCCAUCCCGGCCAAGUUUCGCAAGCGCGUCCGCAUCGACAGCACGCCGUCAACGACACCCGCAAGAGGGUCCGAAACUCCGACGGGGCGGGCGCCCCGGCGGCAGAGACAGGAGCACCAGCCGCGGCCCAAGAAAAAGAGCGAGCGGACGAGCUGGCUCCCCACGGCGGCGGACAUGCCGACGCGCGCGUCGGAGCGGUCGACAACGCGCAUGAGCAAGGAGCAGCUACACCAGCAGAUGGUGGAGCGUGAGGUGCGGCGUAAAAAGCAGCUGGAAAUUCAGGAGAAGAAGGCCAAGCGGCUCGAGGCGCUCAAAAAGCCGCCCAUGACGCAGGCGGAUAGGCUGCGGGAGGCUGCCUUGGUCGAGAAGCGCAACUCCAAGAGCUUAAAUCGCUGGGAGGAGGCCGAGAAACAGCGAGAGGAGGAGCGCGAGCGAAAGUUGGCCGCACUCUACAGCCGGACCCUCGAGGGUCCCGUCUUCACCUUUUGGAGCGGUAUCAUGGAGCUGAGUGAGGGCCAGAUGAAGCACGUCGGGCGCAUGGUCGCCAUGGAGGAGAAGGCGCCAAGAAAGAAGCGGCAAUCGGCUGCUGCUGCUGCCGCCGCCACCGCUAUCCCGACUGGACCUGAGGCUUCCGCACCGGAUGGACCUGGGGAGCCUCUUGGGACUCAAGCGCAGAAGGAAACACUUGCCCCGGCUGAGAACCUGGAUCCAGGCGCUGGUCUUGCCGCUCCGGCCUUCCACGAGGCCGUGUUCCGUCCAAUUGGUCUGCCCGCAAGCCCGGCAGAUGACGCUCCUCAGACAGCUGAGCCAAAGCCGGUCUCCUCAGGCGUACUGGCGCCUCCUGUCAGCGUCGGUGUUCUCGCGCCGCCGCUGGGGGCUUCCCCGGGGCCAAUGCAGAUGCCAGGGUUUAAUACGGCGCCGUUGGGCAACGGGUCGUCCACUGUUCUCGCACUCCCCAACACUUCUCACGGGUCAUCUCUCAUAUCGAUACCUCCGAUCGACCCGCCACCCGAGACCCCUGUAUCCGUGCCGCCGACGGCGAUAGGGCCUGCCACCGACACGGUCGAGAAGGUUCCACCUGCGCCUGCGCCGCCUCUCCAUCAACCUGCCAAGACCGCAGCGCCGAAACGCGCAAAGCAGGGAUCGGCGGCAAAGGCCCCGGCCCCGGCCUCGCAACAGCCAGCACAGGAGGCAGGGCCGGAGCCGCCACUGGAGGGCAAAGUGACCCGUAACUGCAUCAUACUGCAGAGCUUCGACCAGAAGGCGAUUGAGGACAAGACGGUACAGACACAGAUACUGUUUGGUCGGAAGAUGAACAAGCUCGCAAAACCUGGUCACGCCCCCCACUGCGUCAUCACAGGCCAUGUAGCGCGGUAUAAGGACCCUAAGACGGGCCUGCCGUUCGCCAACAUGAACGCCUGCAAGCAAAUCCGGCGGUUGACCCAGGGCGAGUACAAAUGGAGUAGUCUCCUUGGCCUCUGGGUAGGCACCGGCGAGGUUGCGGCCAAGGGCGUGCCAAGCCGCUUCUUGCAUGGUGGGCCAAAGGAGGAAAGCCCUCCGCCGGAACCGACACCACCGGCUACUAUUUCUGGCGGCGGUGCUGUUGCUGCUGCUGCUGUUGCUGCUCCUCUUCAUCCGCCUACUAUUGGUACUGCUGCUGCUGGUGCUGCUUUGCCAUCAACUCCUAACGCGCCCGCGAAAACCCCGCCUGUCGCCGCUGGCCCUGCCACUGCAUCACGGCCAUUGGCGGCGCCAAUCCCGGCAACAAUGGCUGCACCACACACAGCAGCCAUGAGGCCAGUGGCGCAUCCGGGCCCGCCCCCUGCUGCCACCCAUCCCCCAUUUACGAGCUCAAGUCUUGCGGCACCUGUGGGCAGCAGCCUUGGGCCGGCACGACCAGGCAUCACAACGGCCCAAGCUGUCCUGACCCCUGCUGCCAACUCUGCAUCCCAGCCGCCCCCACCACCUCCACCUCGGCCACCGUCCCUAGCCCCCGUCAUGACUUACGGGGUCACGCAGACAUCCACCACUCCGCCAGCAACCAACAGCACGUUUACUCCUGUGCCCGCUGUAACUCCCACAGCGGCGCCUGCUCCCAUGGGCUUGGCCCCCGCCCUGGCUCCGCCUUCUUUGAAAUCUCCGGCGUCCCAUGACGCUCACGCGAGUCUUGCUCCGUCGUCGGCGACGAUACCAGCCCUGGGUCCACCAUCAGCAGCGGUGUCUGCUGCCACCCCGGCCCCGACGGCUCCGCCUGUCCCCACCACAGCACCCAUGAUGCUAGUCCCCAAAGAGGAGCCAGGCCAAGACGCGCAGGGAGCCGCCCAACCAACCUCGGACUGAGGGAUGCUAGGAAAAGGGGACAGAAUCUCCUUUUUUUUUGUACACGUACCUGCAUAGCACUAUUGAAACAAAAUGACACCACGCUGCAUGAAGCCAAUCAGGCAAAUUGCUCCUCCAAAGGGGUUUGUUUGUAUGCAAAGUCUCGGAAGUCUGGGUUGCAUGCCUCGAUAUUUUUUCUUUCAUUUUUCUUUUUCAUCAGAAAUGUUGAAUUUCCAUCAAGAUUGGCUUUCUUUGCUUUUCAUCAUUCUUUUCCCUCUGUCAGAACCCUAUUUCUUGCAUAAACCCGAGGGCCGAUCUCGGCAUCCGUCAAAGUUCCCCGGUGCACAUGCCGUUAUCCCACUCGUCUGUGCAAAAGCGAACAUCCGAUGGGCUUUUCGUCCGAUAUGUGUGUGCCCCCAGCAAGUCCCGUCGCCCCCCGUCGGAAGAGCGUCGGCCCUCCACCUUCUUCCACACCCCCUGUCCAGCCCGCUGGGACCUGACCCGUGGAAACCUUUUCUCUGGUCCAGGCAUCGAACCGGGCCCGCCGAUAAACCCACGAACCAUAGAGCGGGUCCCCUUCGGAAUGGCGUGUGCGCCCCGAUGACGUCGAUAUGGUUGUCCCCUGGAGAAUGCGACGCCAUCUUUGAAGGAAGAAAGAAAAAAAAAAAAAAGAAAGAAAAAAUCUUCCCGUCGCGUGGUUGACCGACGGAUUAAUGAUUGACAUGCGUUGUAUUUGCGGGUUGGACUGCCACCCGCGCCCCUCUCUUUCUCCUGCGGUUCGGAUGUCACAUGAAAGAUCCCAAUUCUGCUUUUGCAUCAUCAACCCGAUGUGACCUCUUGGCACUACGCCGCAUCGGAUAUGGGACAUUGUAGCGUUGCGUCCAAGUUGCUUUUCGGCUCACGGCCAUCUCUUUGCUUUUUUUCUUCUUCGCUGAGAUUGUCUUUCGCGCACCAUGUGGACCAUGUUGCCUCACCAAUACACACCGCUUUGGCAUGAGCGAAACCCAGCAAGUUCGGACGUGCUUCUGUUAUCGGACCAUUCGGUCCGCAAGAGAGAGCUUCUAUCACUGUUUUCAUAGUCACCAGAUUGACCACCGAAAGACAUCAACAGAGUAUUGUGCGAUGAAUGAGUAAAUAAAUAAAUAAUAAAAGCCA